AUGGCGGAGCACAAGGAUGUUGCUCCCAAGGCAAAGAAGGGCGGGGGAGGGGGCAUUUCAGGGUCGAGUAUCCAUGUGUCCAGGGAAGACCCCACUCUGAAAUACGAACUGCUGGAGGAUCUGGGUAAGGGUUCCUACGGGUCGGUGUACAAGGGGCGAGACCGCAUCAGCUCAGAGCUGGUGGCCAUUAAAGUCAUUUCUCUCGCUGAAGGGGAGGAGGGCUUUGAGGAGAUAAGGGGGGAGAUCGAGAUGCUGCAGCAGUGCAACCACCCCAACGUCGUGCGCUACCACGGCAGCUACCAGGGCGACGACUUCCUCUGGAUCGUGAUGGAAUACUGUGGUGGGGGCAGCGUGGCUGAUCUCAUGAACAACACGGACUCGCCACUUGAGGAGGGCAUGAUUGCCUAUGUGUGCCGGGAGUCAAUCAAGGGUCUGGCCUACCUGCAUGAGAUAGGCAAGGUGCAUCGGGACAUCAAGGGAGGUAACAUCCUGCUGAGUGACUCGGGGGAGAUCAAGCUGGGUGAUUUUGGGGUGGCGGCGCAGCUCACCCGCACCAUGUCCAAACGCAACACGUUCAUAGGCACGCCCCACUGGAUGGCACCGGAGGUGAUUCAGGAGAGCCUGUACGACGGCAAGGUGGACGUGUGGGCGCUAGGCAUCACUGCCAUUGAAAUGGCCGAGGUUCUUUUUAUGAUCUCCAGAGAACCUUCCCCCACAUUAGAGGACCCUGAGAAAUGGUCCCUGCUGUUCCACGAUUUCGUGGCCAAGUGUCUGAUCAAGGAGCCCAAGCAGCGCCCCACCACGCCAGCACUGCUGCAGCACAAGUUCAUCGAGCGGUGCAAGGACACUGCCGUGGUGCUCAAGAAGCGGAUUGACCAGGCGAAGGCUAUGAGGGAGGAGGCGAAGAAACAAAGGUUGGCUGCUGCUGCCCUUGAGGAGCAGAACAGCGUUUCAGAGGAUUCCAUGGGCACGGGUACAGUGAAGCAGAGGGGGGACGCCAUGGGGGGGACUGUGAAGGCUCGCUCUGCUCCCUCCGCCUAUGCUGAUGACGAUGAACCUGAUUUUGGCACGUUUGUGAACAAGGAUUCUGAAUCCGAGGAUGAGGCGAUGGACACGGGCACGAUGCGCGUCGCCAGGUCAGACGAGCCGUCUGCCAAGUCAGCAGCCGCCACGUCAGCAGCAGAGGGCGUGGAGUCGUCUUCGGAUAACAUCGGUGCGGCUCUAGCAGCUUUGGGUGGGCAGCGCAAGGCCAAGCCGGCACAGGCCAAGUCCGCCCCAUCUCGCAGGGCAGAGCGGCCACCAGUGCCGCCAAAGCAAGCAGCAGCAGCGGGCAUGGAAUUAGAAGCAAAGAGGAGGAAAGGCACGGAUUUCUUUGCGGGGGCGAGACAGGCUAUGGAGGAUGGGACGAGGCACACCAUUGCUGAUAGCACCAGGCCUGCUCAGAGGGCCAGCCCUGGGCUGCAGGAUAAGCUAUCAGCGGUGUAUGCAGCGGGCAACACGGUCCCCAUCCCCUUCCUCCGAGCAUGCGACAUCUCUCCUCUCUCCCUCAUCGCCUCAUCAGGCCCCGACGGGGCUCCCUUUGACCAGUGCGGGCUGGAGGCGAUUCAGGAGCUGUCAGGGAGUGGAGGACUGGCGGGAAGCAAGGGCGCCAGACGAACCCCCGCUGCUGAGGUCCCACUGCCCCCCAGUGUAUACCGCAGACUAGCCAACAGCACCACCCUCCCCAAUCUCGCCCGAGCGCUGGCGUACCAUAAACAAUGCCUCUACAAGGAUGGCAAGUAA